AUGUUCUCCGAAAAGUUUCGUUUCACGCGGAUACCUUCGACAGACGAAGACGGGGAAGAUGGCUUCGGAUCGGAGAGCAAAUGUCCACAGCCCAGAAACAGCGUGCUCACGUCGAGCUCGUUCACUCGAGCCGCAGCCUUGUUGACGCUCUUUCUCUCUGUCAUCCUGGGCCUCACCAUCGUCGCCAUAUCAACAACGUCUUCCCGUCCAACAUGGACAUCCUGCGGCAACGACCCAGCAACAGCAAAGUCCCGCGGCUGCUCAUUUGACCUCCUCUCCUUCGCCUGGCAAACACCCGAAUGCUACGACACCUCGCUGAUGGACGAAUUCGCCUCCUGGAAUCACGACAGCGACUGGAACUUCUACAACGACCCGAACUACACCGAGCCCGUCAGCCAACAAAUCGCUUCGCAAGGCGAGCGGGGGCCGUUGUUUGUCAAGUGGGACUACCACGUGGUGCAUUGCACCUUUAUGUGGCGGCAGAUGCAUCGAGCGUACGAAAAGGGGUGGAUCGAUUCGCAUUUGGCGAAUUACAACCACACGCUGCAUUGCCAGAAGAUGAUUUUGAUGAGUCCAGAGGAUGCAGUCAAGAAGCCCGUUAUGGCGAGGUUGAUUUAUCCGGAGUGCUUGCGGGUGAAACAUUGA